AUGCCUAACUGUAUAUCUAAACCAGUAUCCUGGAAAACAUGUAAGUGCUUUUCUUUAGCUGCUAUUAUUAAGGAAUUGGGAUUUUUUAUAAUGGCUUGUUUUUUUUGUAAAUGUUAUAGCAUGGGCGACUGUUGUAAAAUAAUGGAUGGUGUAAUAUAUUGCAAGGAGUGUAUGCAUUGCAGUCAUUCUUAUAACAGGAUGGGUGUUCUGUUAUUAGCUUAUAAGUUUAUUUUCUGA